GCGGCUAUCACCGGCGCGGGUCCGGCGGCCCCGGCGCCCGCCCGCGCCCCAUGGGGUCACAGAGUGCGUAGAAGAGGCAACACCACGACUUGCCAAUGAACGACCGAAAGGAAGAUAUGGAAAUCGCGUCCCACUACCGGCAGCUGCUUCGCGAGCUCGACGAGCAGAGGCAGCACGGCGUCCUGUGCGACGUGUGCGUCGUGGUGGAAGGCAAGGUCUUCAAGGCCCACAAGAACGUGCUGCUGGGCAGCAGCCGCUACUUCAAGACGCUCUACUGUCAGGUGCAGAAGACGUCUGACCAAGCCACCGUCACCCACCUGGACAUCGUCACUGCCCAGGGCUUCAAGGCCAUCAUUGACUUCAUGUACUCGGCCCACCUGGCCCUCACCAGCAGGAACGUCAUCGAGGUGAUGUCUGCCGCCAGCUUCCUGCAGAUGACGGACAUUGUGCAGGCCUGCCAUGACUUCAUCAAGGCUGCCCUGGACAUCAGCAUCAAGUCGGACGCUGCCGACGAGCUCGCAGAGUUUGAGAUCGGCGCCCCGGCCGGCAGCAGCACAGAGGCGCUGAUCUCUGCUGUGAUGGCUGGCAGGAGCAUCUCUCCGUGGCUGGCGCGGCGCACAAGCCCCGCCAACUCUUCCGGAGACUCAGCCAUUGCCAGCUGUCACGAGGGGGGCAGCACCUAUGGGAAGGAGGACCAGGAGCCCAAGGCCGAGGGCCCCGACGACGUGUCCUCGCAGUCCUUGUGGCCUGGAGACGUGGGCUACGGGUCUCUGCGCAUCAAGGAGGAACAGAUAUCGCCUCCUCACUAUGGAGGGCGCGAGCUGCCUUCGGCCAAGGACAGCACGAUGCCGAGCUCUGCCUCAGAGCCAGGAGCCGGCGACGGCUGGCAGCCCACGGGCCGCAGGAAGAACCGGAAGAACAAAGAGACGGUGCGGCACAUCACGCAGCAGGUGGAGGAAGGCAGUGGGGCCGGCUCCCCCUCGCCCGCCUUCCUCCCCACGCCUGGGUGGCCCUUCGGCAGCCGGGACUCAAGUGCAGACCUGACUGUCACUGAGGCCAGCAGCUCCGACAGCCGAGGGGAGAGGGCCGAGCUGUACACCCACGUGGACGAGGGCCUCCUGGGAGAGGCCAGCUGCCUGGGCCCACCCCUGACUCCUGAGAAGGACGAGGUGCUGCACCAGGCCAGUGCGGUGGCCGGUCUGCGCGCGGCACUCAUGAGUCAGAGCAGCCUGCUGUCUCUGAAGGCUGACGUGCUGGGGGACGACGGCUCCCUGCUGUUCGAGUACCUGCCUAAGGGUGCCCACUCGCUGUCUCUGAAUGAGUUCACGGUGAUCAGGAAGAAGUUCAAGUGCCCCUACUGCAGCUUCUCGGCCAUGCACCAGUGCAUCCUCAAGAGGCACAUGCGUUCCCACACCGGGGAGCGGCCCUACCCCUGUGAGAUCUGCGGGAAGAAGUUCACGCGCCGUGAGCACAUGAAGCGGCACACGCUGGUCCACAGCAAGGACAAGAAGUACGUGUGCAAGGUGUGCAGCCGCGUGUUCAUGUCUGCAGCCAGCGUGGGCAUCAGGCACGGCUCCCGGCGCCACGGUGUGUGUGCCGACUGUGCUGGCCGGGGCGCAGCCGUGCAGUUGGACCAUGGGGGCGGCGAAGGCUCCCCUGAGGCCCUGUUCACUGGUGAUGGGCCCUACUUGGAAGACCCCGAGGACCCGCGAGGGGAGGGUGAGGAGGAGCUGGGGGAGGAUGAGGACGACGACGUGGCAAAGUGGAAGGACGAUGUAGGGCUGGCGCCCGAGGACACGCUGUUGGGGGACGACAAGGAGGACGAGGACUCACCACAGGGCCCCCGCAGCCCCACUGCAGGGCCUGAAAAGGACUUCGCCUGGAUCUCCUAGGCCCUGCCCCAGUGGGCAGGGUCUGA